AUGCUUAAGGGUGCUGAUGGAAAGGUUCUUGAGGUGGACCAAGAAGCAGCCAUGGGAUCCAAAGUCAUUAAAGACGACAUAGAGGGUGAUGGCUUCUCAAGAGACGCUGUGUUUCCUAUUCCUGAAGUCAAUAGCAACAUUCUGAUGAAGGAUCUUCUUGACUUCCUUUACCAAGAAUUGGGAGAUCGUAUCCAAGAUAUGUCGGUAGAAGAGGUGAGAGAUUUAUUUGGUAUAGAGAAUGAUAUGACUCCUGAAGAAGAGCAAGAACUUGGAGAACAAAUUCCUUAG